GGACGCAACAGGCGCCGAGCGGGGGCUGGCCGCCCGCAGCCAUGACCCUCUCAGCCUACCCUUCGGCGCCCCCCCAGGACGUCUGAUAUCCCAGACAGGCGCUCGCAGCUGCGGGUGAGCCGGCCGCUGCCCCCUCGCCGCCCUUGGCGCCUUAUCACACUCCGUUUCCCGGAGCUCGUGCAAACUGGGGGUGUCUGCCGGAGCAGCCGCUGCUGCCCCCGGCUAUGGCUAUGGCCUGGCGGGGCGCGGGGCCGAGCGUCCUAGGGGCGCCCGGGGGCGCCGGGCGCAAUCCGUGGCUACUGCUGCUGCCCUUACUGCUGUUACUGGGGCCGGCGCGGGGCUUCGGGGACGAGGAGGAGCGCCGCUGUGACCCCAUCCGCAUCUCCAUGUGCCAGAACCUGGGCUACAACGUGACCAAGAUGCCCAACCUGGUGGGGCACGAGCUGCAGACGGACGCCGAACUGCAGUUGACAACUUUCACGCCGCUCAUCCAGUACGGCUGCUCCAGCCAGCUGCAGUUCUUCCUUUGUUCGGUGUACGUGCCAAUGUGCACCGAGAAGAUCAACAUCCCCAUCGGCCCCUGCGGUGGCAUGUGUCUUUCAGUCAAGAGACGCUGUGAGCCUGUGCUCAAGGAAUUUGGGUUUGUCUGGCCAGAGAGCCUAAACUGCAGCAAAUUCCCACCACAGAAUGACCACAAUCACAUGUGUAUGGAAGGGCCAGGUGACGAGGAGGUGCCACUCCCGCACAAAACCCCCAUCCAGCCUGGGGAAGAAUGCCACUCUGUGGGGACCAAUUCCGAUCAGUACAUCUGGGUCAAACGGAGCCUGAACUGUGUUCUCAAGUGCGGUUAUGACGCUGGCCUUUACAGUCGCUCAGCCAAGGAGUUCACUGACAUCUGGAUGGCCGUGUGGGCCAGCCUCUGCUUCAUCUCCACUGCCUUCACCGUGCUCACCUUCCUGAUCGACUCUUCCAGGUUUUCCUACCCAGAGCGCCCCAUCAUUUUUCUCAGUAUGUGCUAUAAUAUUUAUAGCAUUGCUUAUAUUGUCAGGCUGACUGUAGGCCGGGAGAGGAUAUCCUGUGAUUUUGAAGAGGCAGCAGAACCUGUUCUCAUCCAAGAAGGACUUAAGAACACAGGAUGUGCAAUAAUUUUCUUGCUGAUGUACUUUUUUGGAAUGGCUAGCUCCAUCUGGUGGGUUAUUCUGACACUCACUUGGCUUCUGGCAGCGGGACUCAAAUGGGGUCAUGAAGCCAUUGAAAUGCACAGCUCUUAUUUCCACAUUGCAGCCUGGGCCAUCCCUGCAGUAAAGACCAUUGUCAUCCUGAUUAUGAGACUGGUUGAUGCAGAUGAACUGACAGGCUUGUGCUAUGUGGGGAACCAAAACCUUGAUGCCCUCACAGGCUUUGUGGUGGCUCCCCUCUUCACUUACUUGGUGAUUGGAACUUUGUUCAUCGCUGCAGGUUUGGUGGCCUUAUUCAAAAUUCGGUCCAAUCUGCAGAAGGAUGGGACAAAGACGGACAAGUUGGAGAGGCUGAUGGUCAAAAUCGGGGUCUUCUCAGUCCUAUACACCGUUCCUGCAACCUGUGUGAUUGCUUGUUAUUUCUAUGAAAUCUCCAACUGGGCACUCUUCCGGUAUUCCGCAGAUGACUCCAAUUUAGCAGUUGAGAUGUUGAAAAUUUUUAUGUCUUUGCUGGUGGGCAUCACAUCAGGCAUGUGGAUUUGGUCUGCCAAAACUCUUCAUACAUGGCAGAAGUGUUCCAACAGAUUGGUGAAUUCUGGGAAGGUAAAGAGAGAAAAGAGAGGGAAUGGUUGGGUGAAGCCUGGGAAAGGCAAUGAAACUGUGGUAUAAGGCCAGCCAGCCUCCUCAUUUCCAUGGGGGCAAUGCCAGCAUUUCAGUGCAAGUGCUACUAAAGUUUUAUGCAGUGAAUCUCAGUUUGAACAGACCAGCAACAUUUAGGUGUCCCUUAUAACCUACUGCCACUCACCCCUACUCCCUUUUCCAACCCAGCAUCAUAAAACUAAUGAUUUUACUGCAGACUUUGGAAUGACCCAAAAUGGAAAAGCCAGUUAGAGGCUUUCAAAGCUGUGAAAAAUCAAAAUGUUGAUCACUUUAGCAGGUCGCAGCUUGGAUGGUCAGGUCCUGCUUAGAUUCCAGGAAGCUGGGACGACUCUGCUUUUCCCUGCUUGGUGGGUUUGGAGCUGUGAGCUGGCAGUUUGCAGGGAAACAGAUUAACUUUUUUAACCCUUUAAACAUUUUAAAUACUAACUGGGUCUUUCAGAUAGCAAAGUGAUCUAUAAACACUGGAAAUGCACUGGGUUCAGAGAAGUGUUACAAGACUUUUAUAGUUUGGCCGAGCUAACAUAAACAUUUUCUGGGGUGCACUGUCUGCUGUUUAGAACUUGUGGAUUGCUUUCCCAAGACAUGGUGUCAGAUCUUUCAGUGCCUUUGUCAUAAAACAGAAUUGUUUGAACAAACAAAAGAACUGUGCAGACACACAUAAGGUGUCCAAUGGAUUUUCUUCUCUCUCUUAAAUUUCAACGUCUCUGUUCUAGGUGGCUGCUGUUUUUUCAUUUUACGUUCAUGUCUCAAAAUAAGUAUUUUUAUAGAGAUCUUUGCACUGCCGCAUGUCUGAUGAGGGGAAAGGAAAGGUGAUUUCAUUUUCUGACAAUCACUUAAUUCAGAGGAAAAAGAGAUUUACCAAGUAGACUUACCUUCCUGACCCCAGAGACCUAUUGCAUUGAGCAGUGGGGACUUAAUAUAUUUUACUUUGUGUGAUUGCAUCUAUGCAGACGCCAGUCUGGAAGACUAAAAUGUUAAAUUUGUUGGCAACUUUGCAUUCACACAGAUUAGCUGUGUAAUUUGUGUGUGUCAAUUACAAUUAAAAGCACAUUCUUGGACCAUGACAUAGUGUACUCAACUGACUUUAAAACUAUGGUCAACUUGCAUUCUUGGAAUGAUAGUGCCUUUUUACUUUAGCAUAAGAAUGUUAUCAAGAGUCUGGUUUACUUACCACAAUGGAGGCUUUUUCAGUUUUGUGGAGGGAACUAAGGACAGCUAAUCCAGCUACUUGGUGCAUAAUUGUUUCCUAGUAAUUGGCAAAGCCUCCUUAUAUAAGAUUUCACUGGAGGCAGUGUGGCCUGGUGUAUUUAUAUGGUGCUUAAUGAAUCGCCAGAAUGCCAGCCAGGAGCAUGACUGGGUAGGAGGGAAUAAAGUGUAGACCGUAUGAAAUGAACUGCAAAUUCUAAUAGCACAGGUCUUAAUUGCCUUUCGCAGAGGUAUCCAAAGCUUUAAAAAUUUAUAUUCUACGUUCCUCACAAGGGGGUACCCCCUUAGCAUUCUCUCAAAAGUUGCAGGUCCUUGAAAAAUCACAACCAGCCUUUCUCUUAACCUGUUUUAGGCCUUCUAGUCACCAAUCUCUAGGACAGAUUGGUGGCGAUGUCACAGGUUAUUCCGCCUUGUAACUCAUACCUGUUUUUGCUUCAGCAACUACUUUGGAAUGACUCAUUUAUUUAUUUAUUCAUGUCACCCCCUCCCCCCCCUUUAAAAACACACAGAGAAGCCCUUUUAUCACACCUCUUCAUGGAAAAACACUUCGAGGGGCUAAAAUUCCAAAUAGGUGGUCAAGUUUUAGAAAUAAGUGUCUCUCUCUUUGGUUUGAGUUUUACAAUAAUGGUUUGACAUUUUCCCUUUUUUCUCUGUCAUUGCAUGGUUCUGAGAUGAAGAUGCACGAGAUUUGUUGCAUGUUUUGGAAGGGAAAGUCUUGGGCUUUUGAGACAGAUGCUGAAUGGGUUGGGUGACUCCUGCUCUGUGUACUGAGCCUCAGGACCUUGGCCAGACUCUCUCAGGCUCCAGGAGCAUGAGAAAUGAGCCCCAGAAAGACCAGUGGAACUCCACCUGACUCUACCUUACCUAUGACAGGUAAAAUGUGAAGUCGUGCUGUCGCAGACAGUUGCCAGAGCUGACAGUGGCAGGGCCUCCCCUUACGCAUGCGCAUGUGCAUGCGCCACCCUAUUGUCUUAGGACUUACACAGAAAUGAUGGCUUCAGAAAGGGAAGGACUGAGCAGGGGUACUGGCCUUCCUAUUGGAGUGUAGGGGGUUUUGACGCCAUUUUCUUUGGCAUGUUUUAGCCAUCAUAUGGCCAAAGCAGCACCUAGCGCAGGGCCAGGCCCAGCAUAAGUUCUUUGUAUUUGUGAAUGAAGAAAUAAUAAUAAUAGCACUGAGAAUACUUGUGUGAACCUGGAUGCCUAAGUUUUAGAGUCUGUGCCCUGACAACUUCCUCGGUUUUGACCUAUCUCUUCACAAAUUUCUUGCCUUCUCAGGGAACAGUGUAUCUGAACAGAAUUGGCUCGUGGGGCAGACUGGAUUGGUAGCUUUAGCAAUGUCACCAGCUUCUAGGCCUUUCCUUUCAUACUAUAGACAAUGGAGAUAGUUGACAAUUUCAGGAAGGAGCUUUGUGUCUCACAGUUACCAGUGACCUUGAAGCAUCACCUCUUAAGGUGACAUUUGUUUUUUAAAAAAGUCAAAAUUAUCAGUUAUCACUUGUUGAGUGCCAGCUAUGUGAAAAGUUCUGUGUGAGGUGCUUUCAGUUCUUCUAACUGACCCAGACUGGGGGCUGUUGGACAUGUCGACUUUGCUUUUGGCUUUGGGAAGGUGCAGGGAGCUCUGAAUUCCCAUCUUUUCACUGUGUUCAUCCCAUACACCUCUUCUGGGUCUUUCUAUAUCUUCACUGCUUCUCUCAUCCCCUCCCAGGGUUCUCUCCAAGUCAAUGAUAAGGGUUUUGACAGAAAAGUACCAACUCUCCUUCAGGAGCAUUUCUGUGGAAAAUCCCUUGGAAGACAAUGAAAAAUGUCUCUAAGGAUGUGAGCUUCCACAUUAAAAUGUCUUGGUACAGUUCAGGGCUUGGGUGUUUGCUGUGACGUGGCAAGUAAAUUUAAAGACAUCAUCUUCCUCAAGGAAGUUAGGGGUUUCUUUCUUAGAAAUCUUGAAGAACUAUGAUCUUACCUUCAUUAAAAAAAAAAAAAAUCCCUUGGCUUCCAGAGAUUUUAUUCAACAAGGCCUAAUGGCAUAUCUUGUCCAGCCUCCUCUCUGGCAAGCUCCCUCCUCCUUCACAAAGACCAGGCCUUGGCAGGAACACGGGCUACAGUGGAACCGGCCAGAAUCAUCUGGUUGGGCUACUUGGUUGAUUCCUAUCUAUUUUCCUCUAUGUAGACAGUUUCCUGGUCUCUGAGACUGCUUUUGAAUUGGCAGCUUACUCGGGGUCCUGAAACCAGAGAAGGAUGACACCUUUUAUUUCCCCUAGAAUCUCUCUGACCAUCUCUUUUCUGGGUGCCCCUUCACCAGCAGGCCUCAAUCCAAAGGCCAGGAUAUUUCUGUAUCUGGGUUCUGAGCUGUGACUUACCAGCACCUGUGGCUCUGUCCCACUGGUUUCCCUUAGCCUGUUGGUCACUGAAUCCAAUGCUGAUUGUUUUGGGAACCAGGCUGGGACCUGAGGACACAAAGGAACUGAGCCCCCAGGAGGCAGACUGAAUUGAAAGGGAGCUCACUAGGGAGGUGCAGUCUCUGGCUUCUGGUAAGCGGGCCAUAGCUAUAGUUAGGAAGGAGCUCCUCAGAACACAGACUUUGGAAGCAACCUUCAGGAUCCAUUUGCAUUUGAUUUACUUACAUUAUAAAGCAGAUUGGAGAGUUCUUUCCCAGCCAAUUAUGUCACAGCACUGGACUGGCAGUUCUUCUGGUUCCUUUUAUUGUGUUGAGUUCAGUGUCCCUGUCUGCAUUGUGCAUGCUGUCUGGCAAGCGACCCUUGUUAUCAUUUUCCCUCUGGUCUUAGCGAGCAGAUAUUGGAAAACGAGGAGGGUGUUUUAUUCCUACCAGGGAUCAGAUCCCAGAGCCUUGAAUAAUGAAUUUUCCUUCAUGCUAACCUGAUCUAUGCCCUCUGUUACUCCUUAAGAAGUGUGCCAUGCACAUUUGCCCUCACUGCACAUCAGAGUACCAGGAGGGAUGCGAACCUGGAACCCACAAGAGGCCUCUUCCCCUUGGCAUAUCAGGUGGCUGUAGUUGCCUGUUUCUGGUUCUAACUUACCCCACUUCCAUUCUUCUUCUCAGCACCAGCAAAUUCUCACUGUUUACCAAGGCAUUUUGGGUCCUAUUGAGACAUGUCCACCAAGCUCUGUAUCUCCCUGACUCCCAUGACAUUCAGUACCUGACGGCUGGCAUCGGGAGGCUUCUGGAUGGGCCAGAGCAGCUCCGCCCCGAAGGCUGAGUCCAGCCUCUCUCCUCGCUUGGACCCUUUCCACAUCCUGCUUGUGGCCCUGGUCCCACUUGCUUGUGGAUUUUGGAAGUGGAGGCUGCUCUCUAGCUGUCUGCCAGUCUACCUGUAGGUGGCUCUGAAAUUUUUCCUACCUCCCAGGGAUGCCGUGAGACUUUAGAGGGUCUGAGGCUGAAGGCCCCUUGAGUUCUUUGAGAGAAAUGUGGACUACAUAGCAAUGGUGUUACAGGACAAGGUAAACCUGCUGGUGCAGUUGCCUGGCUGGUAUUCGGUGGCUCUUUCUUGGAUCCUUGAGCUGCUCCACAGCUCCAGCCACCUUGAGGCUAACAUGGGGGAACUUUCAGAUGUUCCACGUAGAGGUACCAGGCAAACUUCUGCAACACAUGCCCUGAGUAAAUUGCUGAAUUUCAAAGGAAAUGGACCUUGCUUUUAAAGAUGUACAAAAGUAUGUCUACAUUGAUGUCUGUACUGUAAAUUUCUAAUUUAUCACUGUAUAAAAACAUAAACUUUGCUAUUUAAUUUUUGUA